AUGAAUAUACUUGCAUGGAAUUGUCGCGGACUAAAUGCCAGUGACAGCCCGACAAUUCCUUAUCUUUACUGGCUUUUGUCUCAGUUAAAACCUGCUUUCUUAUUUUUGCAAGAAACUAAGACUAAUGUAGCGAAUGUAAAAAAGUUGUUUAGGUCUACUAAUCCAACUAGUUGUAAUGGGGUAGAUGCUACUGAAACACGGGGGGGUUUAGUCCUUUUUUGUUGGGGUCCUUUUGUAGUAGAUGUAGUUGAGAAGGCGGGUAACUUUCUUUUUUGUAAGAUAACAGCAAUGAAUGGUAAGAUCUGGCAUGUGUUGUUCUUGUAUGGAGAAUCGCAACUACAACAUAGAGCUCCCCAAUGGCAUCAUCUUCAACAUUUACUACAGCCUUAUUCAUCUUACCUGAUUAUGGGAGAUAUAAACCAACUGGACCAAUAUUCUGACAAGCUUGGGGGUAGCCCGUUCAUUCGAGGCUGGACAGAUAUUAUCCAAUGGAAAAUCGACCUGCAACUACAAGAUAUUCCAUUUACGGGGCCUCGAUUUACAUGGUCCAACAAUAGAGAUGAUGAGAAUCUAAUUAUGGAGCGAUUAGAUCGCGGGUAUGCAACAGAUGCUUGGAUGCUUGAAUUCCCAGACACCUUCCUUCAAAAUCUACCUAUUACUCAUUCAGACCAUGCACCCAUUUUUCUACAAACACAAGUGACAACCAGGUUCGCUCGUCGGCCUUAUCAAAUUGAGAAUUGGAGUCUUAACUAUGACGAGGUAAACAUGAUGGUCUAUGAAAUUUGGAACAUGCAUAUUGUUGGAUCUCCCUCUUAUAGGUUGACUCGUCGUCUGCAAAUUCUUCGAAACCGGCUUAAAACUUGGUGCCUUGAUAAAAGACUUUUUUGGGGAGUCAACUGGAAAAGCAUCUUAGAUAAACUUGAACAUUUAGGCACACAAGUACAGACAUGUGAUCAGGGACGGGUUUAUCUUCAACAUCAGCGACCUAUGAUAGAGGAAAUUAAUAUGGCCUGUUCCUACUGGCGACAGCGUAUGAAGGAGCGUUAUACCCAGGCAGGCGAUUUGCCAACUAAACUCCUCUUUAGGCGCUUCCAUCAAAAGCAGAGAUCCAACCACAUUCACAUGUUACAAGAUGGCCACGGGUCUUGGGUCAGUCAACCGCAAGAUUUGACAGAUCUCAUUCAAGGGCAUUUUAAGUCUAUCUUAACUUCCAAUGGUGGAAAUCAAGUUUCCACUUCUAAUCAGAAUGAAGCUAUUGAUCUUGUGUUGCGGGAACUCAACCUACCAACAUUAUCUUUCAAUGACAUUGCUCAGCUUCUCCAACCUCUCUCGGCGGCGGAGAUCCAACAAGCUAUUUUUUCUCUGGCUGAAGGAAAAUCUCCGGGUAUGGACGGCUAUAAUGUGGAAUUUUUCAAAACUUACUGGUCGACUGUUGGAGGUUGCAUUACGGCGGCGGCACAAAAAUUUUUUUCAACAGGCCAUUUUCUGAAAGAAUGGAACCAAACUUUAAUCAUCUUAAUUCCCAAGAUUAAGCCACCUGUGGAGGUAAAUCAUUUAAGACCAAUUAGUCUCUGCAACGUUCUUUAUAAAUGCCUGGCCAAAUGUUUAGUAAACCGCAUGAAAGAUUUGCUUCCUUUACUAAUUGCUGAUUAUCAGAAUGCUUUUGUUCCGGGACGGCAUAUGGAUGAUAAUAUACUUGUUGCACAUGAGAUUACUCACCUUAUUAACAGGAAUCACCGUGGGGUUACUCACUUAGCUGCGCUUAAACUCGACAUGAAUAAAGCUUAUGAUAGGGUAAGCUGGCUGUUUAUUCUCAAGGUUCUUCAAGCUUAUGGUUUCCCUGCGCAUUGGAUAAAGAUGAUUCAGACCUGUGUUUCCACAGUUACAUAUAAGGUUUUGAUUAAUGGUAAUACCACAGAAACUUUCACACCAACAUGCGGUUUACGCUUGGCUACUGAUAUCAAACGUUUUACUGGUAUUCGGGUGGGGAAGCGAGGUCCAACAAUUUCACAUCUGUUUUUCGCGGAUGACUCCAUGUUCUUCUUUAAAGCUUCACAGGAUUCUUGUAGAGCGAUUCAGACAGUGAUCUCUAGAUUCUGUGCUAUAUCAGGUCAAGUCCUGAACUUACAGAAAUCUUGGGUCAAAUUCAGCCCGAAUACUCCGAGGGAGUGUCAGCAAGCUUACAAAGACAUCUUGCGAAUGGAAUCAAAGACUUCCCUGGGUACUUAUCUAGGCAUCCCGAUUGAUAUCCAAACUACAAAGAUUCAACACUUCACCCCUCUUUUGGAUAAGAUAACUCAGCGAAUUACCAGCUGGAAUCAUACAACUUUAUCGCAACCAACAAAGAUGGUUGUUAUCAAUUCCAUCCUCAUAGGGGCUAUCAUGAACCACCUUGCCGUCUUCAAGAUUCCGACAACUAUUGCAAACAAAAUUCACAGUAUUUUAGCUUCAUUUUUCUGGAAGGAUGCAAGAGGGAAAGGUAUUCACUGGAAGAAGCGCAAUCUUCUACAUUGUAACAAAAGUCGAGGAGGGCUAGGCCUUCGUAAUGUAGGUGUUUUUAAUAAGGCUCUGCUCAUGAAGAAAGCGUGGCGUAUAAAAAACAACCCACAUCUACUACUUGCCAAAGUCUACAGCAAAGAUAGAUUUUCAGGUUGUUCUCCCAUGCGGCGAUCUCAGCAGGAUUCUUGGGGGCGCAAAGGCAUUUUAUGGGCGGACAAUAGUCUCCACACCCACCUGCAAUGGAAAGUGGGGGACGGGCGAAGUAUUAGUGUUUCUAACCAAUUAUGGAUGAACGGAUCACAGCCUUUUUUUCGCGAUUCCACUACGCUAUCUGAAGCCCGGCGUUUAAGAGUCGCACAUCUCAUUCUACCACAUCAACAAGGCUGGGAUUCUCGCACGAUUAACCGUUUUUUUGAAGGCCCUACAGCACGGCAAAUCAAAGGUAUUGAGCUCCCUAAUGACACGCAUCAAGGGGAUGAAGAAUUUUGGCCCUAUACUAAGUCAGGCUCUUACUCUACCAAAUCGGGGUAUGCCCAGUUACUCCAACAGCAAAUUGAUAUUUGUAGCAUGACAUCCUCAGAUAAUACGUUUUUUCGUAUUUUAUGGGGAUUGCGUAUCAUGCCAAAAUGGACGCUUCUUCUAUGGAAGUUGUGGCAUAAUGCUCUAGCCACUUAUAGUAACCUGUAUCAUCGUGAUAUUGGUACAUCUACCGAGUGUCCAAUCUGCUUAGCGGAUUUUGAGGACAACCAACAUUUGUUUCGACAGUGCCCGCUUGCUUGUGAGGUUUGGGAACGGUGUCACCUGCAUUUUUUGGUGAAUACAACAACCGAAUUAUCUUUCAGAGAGUGGCUCACUUAUUGGACAACACGGUUUAAUAACGAGGAUAACGCCAAUUCUAGGCUACCAAAAUUCGUGGGUGGGCUCUGGUCUAUUUGGAUUUUACGAAAUAAGCAAGUGUUCCGCAAUUGUCGUCCUACCUCACGAUCGAUUGGCAGACAACUUCAAACAACAAAAGGCCAACAUGACAUUUUCGUGGCUCCGCGCUUCGAUCCAACUAGGAACCCAAGAGACCCCAGCACUCCACCAGGUUUUCAAUGUGCCAGUCUUGGCCAACAAGUGCACCAAGACAAUCCCAUCAUUAUGCAGGUAGAUGGAUCAUGGGACAAGGGCGCGAAAGUAGGGGGAGCUGCUUGGAGAUGUAAUUCUGAUUCAGAAUCUGGUCACGCUCAACAUGGUAUUUUUUGUUAUGCAAACUCUACAUUACAUACUGCAGCUAUGGCAUGUCUCAAUGGUCUAAAAUGGGCAAAGAGUGAACAUCACCAGCAUGUUCGAAUACUCUCGAACUCCGCCUUACUGGUCCAACAUCUUAGCAAGAGAGUCGGAACUGAUAUUUCCAUCAAAUGGACACUCGAUCACAUUAGGAAGCUGGGUAAGCAAUUCACUACGUGCCAGGUGAUUAAAGUUUCACGAGAUCAGGUUUCAGAUGCGCAUCUACUAGCAAAUUGGUGUAGGAAGCAUCGUCUCAACAGUGCUUCAGUCCGCUAUUAG